CAUAAUAGCGUCCGACGUCAUAAACGCGCGACCAAACAAGCUUUUACUCUCUCCGCGUGGACUCCUCCUGUCGCGAUAAUGACUUCUGUGAGGUUUUGUCGAGACUGGUUUCUUUUAAGCUGCAACAAGAAGCUCGUAGCGGUUCACACUAAAGAGAGCAGGGAACCAUUUGUGUUUGAUUGUAGCGAUGCUGAGAAACCCCCCAAAAAUCUGAAGGAUGACGGAAACAGUAACAACGGCUCCACAGAGGAAACAGGAAGUGAUGAAGUCCUCGCCAUUGCAGUGUCUUCAUCAGGAAAACUGGUGGCGUUAACUGAUGACACCAAAAGACUGGUUCUGUUUGAGUGUGAGCCCUCAUGGCGCUGCAUCAGUACCAGGUGGGUGGUCAGGAGGUGCGUGUCUCUGGUGUUCAGUCAGGCUGAAGACGAGCUGCUGGUGGCUGAUAAAUCAGGAGACGUGUACUCGUUCUCAGUGGUGGAGCCACAGGCAGAGGGCGAGCUGAAGAUGGGACACCUCUCCAUGUUGCUCUCUAUGGUCGUUUCACCAGAUGACAAGUUUAUCAUCACAGCUGAUCGAGAUGAGAAGAUCAGAGUCAGCCAUCGCAGGUCUCCGUACAACAUCCAGUCCUUCUGCCUGGGACAUCGCCAGUUUGUCAGUACCCUGCACAUCCCACCCAGCCACCCUCACUGGCUGCUGUCUGGAUCAGGGGACGGGACGAUGAAACUGUGGGAGUUUGAGUCGGGCCGUCUGCUGCAGAGCUGGGACCUGUCACAGUUGGACGAGAGCCAGAGUUCUGAUCCAGAUAAGAACACUGCUGUAGUGCGGAUCAUCAGCUCCUCUGAUGGAUGUCAUGUAGCUGUACUCUGUGAAGGAGAGUCCACAGUUCAUUUUUUUCAUCUGGACCAAGACAAUGAACAGAGGUUGGUUCCUCACAGUAGGCUCCAUCUGGCCCACUGUCCCCUGGAUGCGACCUUUGACCCGGAGGGACAGCUGUGGGUGCUGUUGGACUCAAGUGAUGCGCUGCUGAAAAUUCACACGCUCCGACAGAACUCCUGGCAGUGUCGGACUGACAGCAUCGAACUCAGCAGAGUGAGUGAAGCCCUCCGGCCGCACUGGAACACAGCCCAGGAGUCCACCAGAACCAGCCGCCGCUUUGAGCACCUGUAUAAGAUGGGCUAUGACAACGUCUCUGUGUACCUGCAGAAGAAGCAGCAGAGGCUGGAGGAGCAGCAGCAGAAGAGAGUUAAAGCUCAGACAUCGAACCGCAACAAGAGGCUGAAGAAGGACGCGUCUGCUUAAGGAACACCGGUUCUUCGCUCGAGAUUUUAUUUUCAACCUUUUUUCUUGUAUUAAAGAAGUAAACUUGCUGCUUUCUGCA